UAUCUUAAAACACUUGACAAAAUAGCGACAUAAUUCAGGAUUAAUUACUUUUUAAUAAUAUUUUAACAUUUACGAGAAAAUGUGGUUCAAAUAAGUGUGAAGUAUGGCCGAGAUUUGAACCAAAAUCAGCUAUACUGGUUCGUAGUGUUAUAACAUAAAUUAGGUAUAACUUUUGAACUGUGUCGAUAUAGGUCUCGGUCGUACUUCACGCCUACCCUAUAAACUUAUGCUGAGCAAAUCUUGGUCUAUCCAUAAGACUUUUGAUGGUACGGUGUGAAUAUAUCCGCAUUGGGUUUCUACCCGAUACACUAGUUACUUCCAGUAAAUGCUUUUUGUUAAUAAUUCAGAUAUUGUUUUUGGAAUGGAUCCUUUAAAAAGUGUUAUUGCACUGCUUAGUAAUAAUAUGCAUCACUGGAUCAGACAAUUUUGGAAUCGACUUUUUUUUUCAAAAAUCAACUCAUCUUUGACAACAUUUCUCAUCUCAGGAAUCAUUGAAAUCUCAUCAAAGCAGAAUCAUCAUCGCAAAAAUGAAUUCAAGAAUAUAUUUUUUAAUCUUCAUCGCAUUUAUCGCAUCAGCAGUAUCCGCAAGUCCAGCAUAUUCAAAACUUACAAUCAAUGGGAAUCGACUUCGUCAAUAUUCACCAAUAGAACAUCCAUUUGCUUAUGAAAAAGUCAAUGAAUUGACAAAUUGUGAGGAGAAGAAGAAGGAAGUGGAAAAUGAUGUCAAAUAUUCAUCACAAAAGUUUUCGAGAAGCAUUGGUGAUCCUUACUAUUCACAAGACAUGAAUUGCGAUGAUCAAAAUAAUUGCAAUCAUCAAGAAAAUGGCAACGAUCAGCAGCAACGAAGGAAUGAAUAUUCUGAUUCGAAUGCAAGUCGAAAGACAUCAAAUAUUGCAUUGAAAGCAGCACAAGAAGCAAAAGCGGCUGAAGAGGCUCAAGAAAUGGCAGGAAAAGAAGCAUCAAAACAAGCCAAGUUCCAAUUAGCUGAGAAAGCAAUUCAAGCUGCAAAAGCAGCUCAGGCUGCACUCUCUGCUAAGAAAAUGAUUCUUGAGGAACUGGAAAGAGAGCUAAGGGAAGCUGAAAUUGUUGUUCAGGACUUGAGCUCGAGUAUUCAACAAUCAGAAUCAAAUGCAAAUGCAGCUCUUCGAGCUUAUCAGCAAGCACAAGCACUCUUGAAAAUGCUCUCUGAACUGAUUCAAGUUGCACAAUCGACAGUUGGAUAUGCAGAACAGGCAGCACAAGGAUCGCAACAAGAGUUGAAUGAAAAAACUCAGUUGCUUGAAGCAGCAAAGAAUCGAGUUGAGAAGUUAAUUAGAGAAAUGAAGGCUGCAAAGGUUGACUAUACUAAUACAAAGAAGGAAGCUUACAAAGCUAGCAUGGCUGCUAAAGAAGCACGACAGAAUGCUUCCCGAGUCAGACGGCACCAAAUGUCAGCAGCCGGAAGUGAGCAGUAAUUAAAUUUUAUGUGAAUAUAUCUCAUUAAUUCGAGAUUUUUAUUGAAUUGGAGCUACAAACUCAUGAAUAUAUUUCCUUAAUU